CUGUGUGGCUGUGUACAGCGAGGAUGGAAGGUGCACUCCUGCUGGCUCUGCUCGUCCUCUCGGUAAAGGUGUCCUUGGGCAGCGACUGUUCUGCAGGCUCGUUUCUGAAUUCUCAAAAUGAGAAGUGCACACCCUGUCCAGCAGGAUCGUAUACAGAGAGUCCGAACAGAAGUCAUUCCUGCAAAAGGUGUCAGCUAUGUUAUGGAGGUAAGUUUUUGAUUCUGGAGUCCUGCACAGCAACCUCCAACACCAAGUGUAGUUGUGUCGAGGGUUUCAAGUGUACGACCAUGGAAUGCACAUCCUGUGAAGCCCACAAAGUGUGCAAAAAAGGACAGGAAGUGCAGAAGAAGGGUGACUCGUUCAGGGAUACAAUUUGCCGUGAUUGCAGACAUGGUACAUAUUCCAACACAGAGGGGGAAGUUUGUAAAUCCUGGACAAACUGUUUGGAACAAGGUCUCCAAGUGAUGAGGAUCGGUUCCCAGACAACGGACAAUAUAUGUGGAGAUCCAUUGACAAUCCCAACGAUUCCAACCAGCUCAGUACGACUUAUAACCAGAGCCCCAAAACAGUCAAAGAAGCCAAGCGAAGAUGAAUCACAGAUUGAGGGGAUUGCUGGGAUUUUCGCCAUAAUUCUGCUGCUGUGUAUCUUCAUCCCUUUCAGUUUGUUCAUAGUUGUGCAGAGGAUAAAACAGAAACACCUCCCACUGGAUGUGGUGAAUCAUGAGGAUCUUCCGGUUGCCCUGGUGACUGCAGUGGAUGAUCGGUGCAGCUAUCAUUGUCCUGAAGAGGAGAUGGGAGACUGGCAGCUCCGGCAAGAGACCACUCCCAAACCUCCCGAAUGAGCCUUGGCCUCCUACAGUCUGAACUUUGAACUGAUCACAAGGGCAGCAUUGUGAAAUGGGGGAAACAACUUUCAAAGUGAUUCAUUUCUAGAGUAAAAAGCAAAACAACUGCCCAGAAAGAAUUGGAAUUGUUUAAAGAACUUGGUCUCUUCCUUUUACAGGGUAUGCGUAAAUCUCAAAUGUUAUGGGACAGUCACUCCUGGUUACUUUAGGAGUCACAGAUGACUGUCCCUUUUUUGUUUCAAUUUCUGUAAAGCUCUAACAAGACCCACACUAAAUGCCAAAGGUCAAGACCUUGCAGCUCUUUCUCUUUCCAA